AUGUUUGCGUGUGCAUCCGCACCAGUAGAUGUUAAUAAUAUUGAUCCCAAUCCUCUGAGUUACGAACGAGCAGAACAGUGGCGGAACGUUUCUAACAUUCCUUCAAUUCAAACAGUCCGCAGAUGUGGAGUCUAUGGUACAUGUCUCAACAGACCCCGAGGGCUAGAAAAAUAUGUUACGGUAUCCAUGCCGAAGUGGUGUGGAAGAUCACGGAACAAUAUUCAACUUAGGGUUAGGACACAAAAAACGACAAAUGAGACCGAGGUUGAAAUUUCCGGCGAAAAUGGUGAGAAGAAACCAGUGCCGAAAACACUAGUCCUUCAUCAAGGCGGAGGAUCUCGACCACGCUCUACGAGAGAGCAAACGGAACCGAUUCAUCAUCGCUAA